GAUCAGCUGCUUUCCCAGGGCAUCGUCAGCUUGCUCAAGCUCUCCUGUCCGGCUGGAGUCUGUGUUGCCGCCAGGAUGCAGUGGCGGGACCGCUUGGUUGUGUUGUUCUUCCCACAAGGCAUGGUGUUCACCACGGCUGCGCUGCUACUCUUCUUCAUACACCUGAGCGUCUUCAUCAGCGACGUGAACAAUUUCUGCUUCACCCACCGCUAUGACCGCAUGACCUUUCGCUACACAGUGGUUGUGAUGUUCUGCCAGGUGAUCGGCAUCUGCUGGGCCGCCAUGGGGUCACUCUACGCUGAGUUGAGAGAAGACAAGUUUCUUCGGUGCUUUGCCCUGACCGUCCUGAUACUCAGUGGAGCCAUAUUCUUCAUCCGCCUGCCCCUGGAGUUUCUGGCCAUGCAGUACCGGGAGGAGACCCACUGAAGCUUGGGGGUUGGGCUGAGAAGGGGGAAGGAA